GUAGUUGUAGCGGCGUUUUUGAAGCGCCUUCAAACAACCCGGAAGUAGUUUGAUCCACGCGAGCCCAACGGAACCGUUGCAGAGCGAGCUGAAAACGACCGAAUUGUUGCAGAGUGAGCUGAAAACGACCUAAAGAAACCAUGAGCCUCUUAACAAAGCCCAAGUCAGAGAUGACCCCUGAAGAGCUUCAGAAGCGAGAGGAGGAGGAGUUCAACACCGGCCCCCUCUCAGUCCUCACCCAGUCAGUGAAGAACAACACGCAGGUCCUCAUAAACUGUCGCAACAAUAAGAAGCUGCUCGGAAGAGUUAAGGCUUUUGACAGGCAUUGCAACAUGGUCUUGGAGAACGUGAAGGAGAUGUGGACAGAAGUUCCGAAGAGCGGGAAGGGAAAGAAGAAGUCGAAGCCCGUAAAUAAGGACCGCUACAUUUCUAAAAUGUUCCUCAGGGGGGAUUCUGUCAUCGUGGUGCUGAGAAAUCCUCUGAUCACAGGAAAAUGAACUCUCUGAACCGCUCUCCUAUUCUUUUUUUUUUUU